AUCAGCAACACAGAACAGAUGUCCCUGGUCAUCCGAUGUGUAGAUAUUUCUGAGACCUCACCAAAGAUCGAAGAGUUCUUUUUGACAUUUUUGGUAAUUAAAGACAAAACUGGUGAAGGUCUUUUUGGCACCCUUCAGGAUGUAUUGGCUGAUUUGGGAUUGAGUAUUGAUGACAUUAGAGGGCAAGGCUAUGAUAAUGGGUCAAACAUGAAAGGUAAACAUAAAGGAGUACAAAAGAGAUUGCUGGAAAUUAAUCCACGAGCAGUUUACACACCGUGUGGUUGCCAUAGUUUGAAUCUUGCGCUUUCAGAUAUUGCUUGCUCGUCAGACAUAGCAGUAUUAUUUUUUGGUGUUGUUCAACGCAUCUACUGUUUGUUUUCCUCUUCAACAAAUAAUUGUGAUAUUUUUAAGGAGAUUGUGAAUGGUAUUACAGUUAAGCCAUUUUCACAAACUCGUUGGGAGAGUCGCAUCAACAGUAUCAAAGCAAUACGGUUUCAAGCUCCUAAGAUACGAGAAGCACUGUUUUACUUGGCAGAUAAUAGUGACAAUCCGAAAACAAGAAGUGAGGCUGAGUCUCUUGCCAUGAGUGAUACCCACGGAAUUGGAAACUUUGAGUUUGUGUUUGGAAUGAUUAUUUGGUAUGAGCUUUUGUUUGUUGUUAACAAAGUAAGCAAGAUCCUGCAGUCAGAAGAUAUGGAUAUUGAUAUUGCUAUUGCUCAAGUGAAAGGACUUGUUUCUUUUUUUAAGGAUUAUAGAGAAACAGGCUUUCAAAAAUCCAAGAGAGAAGCUGAAAGGAUUGCUACUGAAAUGGAAAUUGAUCCUAUGUUCUCUAAAAAAGCAAAACGUCCUACUAAAAGAAAACAGUUUUAUGGGGAAGAGCCAGAUAAAGUUGGAGAAGUUGUGGUGCUAACACCUGAAGAAGAUUUUAGGAUCAACUACUUCAUCAAAAUUGUGGAUCAAGGUUUGGUUUCUCUGGAGACAAGGUUUGAUCAACUUCAAGGUUAUGAAAAGACUUUUGGAUUCUUAUUCGACUUCAAAAAACUGAAGCUAGCUGAAGAUGACAAGCUGAUGGUUUCUUGUGCUAACCUUGAAGUUUUUCUGAAGCAUGGUAAUUAUUCUGAUAUUGAUGGUGAUGAUUUGUUUUUGGAGCUGAAGCUUUUGAGAGGGGGUUUGCCUGAAGGUAUUACGAAGGCUGCUGGAAUAUUGGAGUUUUUGAAAAGGAGGGAAAGUUGUUAUCCAAACACAUGGACAUCAUAUCGUAUAAUGAUGACAAUUCAUGUUUCCGUUGCCUCAGCAUAA